AUGGAUCAAACAGUCGCACUUGACGCAGUACCUCCUCUGUCGCCUGUUUCUAGCGCCGAGAGCAGCCACAGCCUCGAUGAUCCCGAAGCACACCUGUCAGCCAACGCGCUGUUACUACAAGAUCCAUAUCCGAGCAAGAAUUUUCAUAAUGGAGGCGCGGAGCUGCCUGCACUGCAGGUUGCGAACGGUGACCCGGAUGGCCUCGACCCCAUCGCAGAGGAUGAUCUGGACCCGGGCAGCUUCGAUCUGGUGAUGCCCGCCGAGCAGGAUUCCAACGCGACCACGAGCAAAUACAGGCUGGAGCAAAGAUCGGAGCUGCUCUUCUCGCAGCAUCAUCUGCAUGCUAUUUUCGAGGAUUCGGCCCACCUGCACCGAUUCACCAACUUUUUGUACAAAUAUCGCUCUUCUUCUGUUGUCCUGCUAAACUACUAUCUAUCGGCCCUGAAAGCUCUCCGAGCCAUCCACUACAGCAAUUCAGUUCUGGGACAGCUGCAGUCUCUCCAAGAUUUCGACUUUACACACACCUUUCCUCAAGCGUCGAAUACUGCCAACCAGGAGCUGCAAGAAAAGGCCGACAUCGCGUUUGAGGUGCUGACACGAGAAGACUUGCCCGCCUACAUCACUCAUGUGUGGAUUCAAACAGUCUCCGUCUCCAUCCGUCAUCGGAUCAUGGGAACCAGCUCCGACGCCUCUGAAGGAUUGGCUGAAGUGUUUUGUUUGACAGAUCCAUCCCGGCCUGACAACCCGAUUGUGUUCAUGUCAGAGCAGUUCAACCGCACGACACAGUACGGUGUGGAUUAUGUCAUAGGUCGCAAUUGCCGUUUCCUCCAAGGACCGUGCACAAAUCCAUUCAGCAUCAAGCGCAUUCGUGACAAAUUGGAAGCUGGUAUCGAGCAUUACGAAACCUUUCUCAAUUACAGGCGCGAUGGAACGCCGUUUAUGAAUCUUGUCAUGCUUGCACCUUUAUACGACAGCCGAGGUACGAUUCGAUAUUUUAUCGGUGCUCAGGUCGAUGUUUCAGGAUUGGCCAUGAGCUCAUACGACCUUGGCGCGCUUCGUGGGCUUGUGGAACAAAACGCGGAUUUGAAGGCUGAAGAGCCACUCCGAGAAAGCGGAAGGGACGAGAUUACUCAGUUUGCAGAGAUCCUGACGCCAAAAGAGCUUGAUGUCAUGAAUGCUUAUGGCGGAAGCAUGCACCGCCUGCCUCUGCAAGUUGAAGAUGAACUCAAGUCGUUCGAGAAGGUGCAAACCUCCGGCCCCGAAGGCGAGAAGAAGGAAGUCUGCCAAUUUCCAAAGACGACAACUCGUCACAUGCAUCUCAACCGACCGCGGCUUCACUUUCCUUAA